CAAGAAUUCACAUUGCUACAAGAAUAAAAAUACCAUGUUGUGCACGUGUAAUCCGGGUUAUACCGGCGACGGAGUUGUUUGUACAGGUACAUUAUAUUUAUACUGUACAGGAUGUAUACAGGGUGUCUCAAAAAAAACCAAAAUCAUUGAAAUAACGUAUUGUGCCUGACAUAACAAGUUUACGGUGAGUCAUUCAUUAUAGCAGUUAUGUCAAUCUUUUAUGCACUCGUGGGAUUAACUUAGUGCUAGGGCAUUGAAUAUCGAACAAUACGUCAAUUUCAAUGAUUUUGGGUUUUUUUGAGACACCCUGUAUAAAAAAGGAGACCUUUAGAAAUCAAGCAUAUUGUUAAAAUUUGAAUGCCUUUUCAAUUGCAUAUAUGCUGAACCGUAGUGCGUGAAAUAUUGAUGGGGUGCAUAUAUUAGAAAAAGGAGACCUUUAUAGAAGUUGAAAUAACGUUUAAACAAAAGAUUGUCUGUUCCUGGGAACAAUCUGCCAUGCAUACUGUACGUAGAUCGCAUGCUACUCACUCGUUGGCUUAGCAAAGUGCUUCAGGAUUGAAAUUAUAACAACGGUUUAUUUCUAAAGGUCUCCUUUUUCGAAUAUAUGCACAACAUCAAUAUUUCACGCACCACGGUUCAGCAUAUGUGCAAUUGAAAAGGCAUUCAAAUUUUAACAAUAUGCUUGAUUGCUAAAGGUCUCCUUUUUUUUAUACACCCUGUAGACCCAUUUCCGAAAAUAGCAUUGUUGUAGAAUGAGUCUCACGGUAAUGCUUUGCGCGCUUUUUGUUUAUGUUUACAUAUGACAAGGGUCAAUCUAAAGUGUUAUAUACAAAAGAUAUGAUCAUAUGGGACGUAGAUAACGAAUCGUUAAAAUAUAAAGAAAUUAAUUGCAUUAAUAACAAAUAUUUAGUAUAAAUUUUGCAUAUCAAAUGAGCUUUCGCGCGUUCUGAUUGGCUAGUUGACUAGUAAAUCUGAGGCAUUAUUUACCACCUGGGUAGUAAAUAAUGCUUUUCAAAAAGAAUGAUUCGGCAAAUUUGGUUUCAAAAUCGACAAAACAUUGAAAAAAUCGUCCCAGAAAAAGAAAAAAAAGCACAAAAUGUUGUAUUUAACUUGAAAGGUAGGAUUUAGUAUUAUAUUACUGUGUCAAACAUAUUCACAGACAAUUUAAAACUUAUUUAAAACUCCGAAACAUUCGCUUCAAACGUAAAUCUGAAAUAGCAAAAAAUAUCCCGACUUUUGGGAAAAGCCGUGGUAUUCUUUUUAAAACAAUUUUGUUUUGUAUCCUAUAAAUAUCUCAAUUUGUACGAUACUAUUUCUUUCGACUAUGUCGUGUUUUCAUUGUGCUGUAUGGUGUCCUUUCGCUGUAUUGUACUAUUUGUGUUUUUAAAACUUGUAAAGUGAAAAGUGUAUUAAAACUUUUAUAUUAAUGCGAACGAUAUAGUUUUACAUUUCAUUUUACCAAAUUUCUCAGCCAUUUCCUGAACAAAUUAAUGCUAAACAGAAACUAUUUUUUAAUUCUAAGUCUGGCAAAAAAGUCAUUCCAUUAUUGUGUUUAUAUUCUAAGCAGAAAUCGAGAAAAAUAACUUUGUAUUAAAUAAAGCAAUAAAGUCGCACAGGAAGCCAUUUUGAAAGCGUGCGUGUACAAGAAACACUGCAACACUAAACCGUGAACCGAUCGAAAACAGUUUUAUUUCUGAAUUUUGAUUAAACUUAUAGUUGGAUAACUUGGAUAUUUUGUUUUAUUCAUUAAAAAUUUAUACUAAAACAAUUAUUCGCCUCAGGCUCAGUGAUUACGGUGAAUGUUCACCUCGACUUCGUCUCGGUGAAUAUUCACCGGUAAUCACUUCGCCUUCGGCGAAUAAUUGUUAAUUAUUGUAUUUGCCAUCGCCUGUAGAUUCCAAUGAUAAUUGCAAAGGCUCGUCUUCGCUAAUUGUUCCCAGUUGUUGUAACAAGUUUGGAACAAACUGUUAACAACUUGUAACAAGCUUGAUGGCAUUAUCAGACUUGUUAUUACAAGGUUGCAUGUUGUAACAAGUCUGAUAUGUACAGUCAUAAUAUAACAAGAAUGUUACAAGGUUGACGACACAAGGUUGUAACAAUAUUGUUAUAUCAUGAUUCCAUCGAACGUGUUGGAACAACCUUGUGACAAGUCUGAUAAUAUCAACAAGGUUGUUACAAGUUGUUAACAGCUUGUUCCAAACUUGUUGACAACUUGGGACAAGCAGUGCGAACACAACUUGUUGACGGCUUGUUGGCAGACUUGCUACAAGAUGCGAGAUUUUUGCAUGUGCUACAUACGUAAAAAUUUGUGACAAGCUUGCAGCAAGCUUGUCAACAAGUUGUGACAUUGUUAUUUUAUCAAGUUGCUACAAGGUUGUCACUCACAACGUGUUGACAAAUUGUUGAAUUGCAGGACGAUAACAAGUUGUUGGAACAACUUGUAACUAGGACUGUUCGGUAUACCGAUAUACCGAAAAUAUCGGUAUUAAAUUAAUAUCGGUAUAUCGAUAUCGGAUAUUCAACCAUACCGAUAUACCGAAAUUUGCGACAUACCGAAAUUUUCGACAUACCGGAAUUCGGUAUACCGUGUUAAAUUUACCAACUAUAUGGCGAAACCAUAACCUUUAUUUUACUACUGAAUGGCAAUUCAAAGAACUUUCUACUGCAAUGAUUUAGAAUUUCCACUUCAGUGAGAUUGAUUUUCAGUGAGUGAGAUUUCCAUGCGCUCCACUGAGUACGUGCAUGUCGUUCGAAACAGCUUCGAAAUUAUCGUUUCCUUUUAGAAAUACUCAAAAUUUCCUUCAAACUUCCAUUAAAGAAUCCUCCUAUAAUUAUCAAAGGAAUACCGGUAUAUACCGAUAAUAUCGGUAUAAUUUUUUCGGUAUACCGAUACCGGAAAUUUCUCAUACCGAACAUUCUUGCUUGUAACAAAUCUGUUGAGCUCAACAACCUUUUAGCAAGUUGUCGACAAAGCCGCGUUGACAACUUGUCAACAAGCUGGGAACAAGCAGUGCGAACACAUCCUGUUGACAAGUUGCUGGAACAGCAUUGCUAUAAGUUUGCUGCAGGUUUGUUAAAACAUGUGCGUUUUUACAUGUGUUAACCUGAGUAUCAGGCUUUAUUUUUCUCGUCGAAUGAAAACAUGAGGGCCUGAUACUCAGAUUAUACAUGUGUACCCCGGGAAAUCGUCCGGCAUUGGGUCUAUAGUCCAAUAUAAAUUAGAGAUCAGUCGAUUUAUCGGAGAAUAAUUGACAAAGCCAAUAGACAAUAUAUUCCCAUUAUAGACUCAUUUUUUACUUUAGCAAAAAGUAUAUUCCCGGAAAGAGCAUACUAGAAUUAGUAAUAUUGCAAAGUUUGGUUGCGAAAUGCGGAAAAUAUAGCCUUGCAAAGUUUGCAAAUUUUGUAUAUACUUUUGUAUUGCGUGCGGAAAUUGCUGCCAUUUUCGCCCAAAAUGUGGUAGUAUUUGCAAGGCUAUAUUUUCCACAUUUUACAACAUUUCGCGACCACACUUUGCAAUUUUACUCAUUUUAGUAUGCUCUUUCUAACUGUGGUGAUUUGCUUGCAUCUCCUUGCCUAUAUACAUGUAGUUUUAAAAUUAGUCUAUAAUGGGAAUUGUCUAUUAAAUGUAAAACCAUUUGUAUUGAAACGUGUUGAUGUAAAAUUUUCAGAAAUUGAUCCUUGCAAAUUCUCCAAUGGUCUGUGUGGAAAAAAUGCAGUGUGUAAUAAAACAGGACCUGGGCAACACGAAUGCGUCUGUCACCAAGGUUACAGAGGAGAUGGCGUGGUCUGUACAGGUAAUAAAUUGUUUUAUUUGAUAGUGGUGAUAUAUCGAUGUAUAAACUCCAGGUAAACUCUUGUGUAGUACAUGUGUAUUCAAUCAUUUGAGUUCAACUUCUUCACAAUUUUACGUACUGCACUAAUUAAUAUAUAACUUACAGACUUCGUCCUUUAAAGGAUACUAAAUUUCUGAGUGGACUUCUCGUUAAAUAAUACCCAGGGCCGUCACUAUAGAUUUAUAGAUUUAUUAGAAAGACCGAUUUAGCAGAUUAAAAGGAUUAAAAUACAAAAUACAAUCAGGUCAUAAGAAUUAUUAUAGUAAUAAUUACAUGGUUAAUUAUAUUAAGUUUUACUAAUGUUAAAAGCUUUACUUCCAGCAAUUAUGAAACUGUUUGCAUAUCUAUUAGUUCUACACCUAGGUAUUGAUAGUUUGUUAUUACCACCCCGAAGGGAAUAUUCUGUAUCCCGAUUGGAAGGGACAAGGGAAUGUAACUUGUGUGCUUCGUCAGUACGCAUUCGUUCAAAAAUCUCUUAUAAGGCCCUGGGUACGAGUUUGAGGUGGGAGUAGGGUUAAUUAUCUUUAAGCCAUGUUUCCAAGAGUUGGCAAACACUAGGAAGCAUUAGUGAGAAACAUAGGGAAACAUCAAAUGUUUCUGAAUUUGCUAGGGAACAUUUUUGCUUCUCGGGACGGGUGGGCAAACAGGGAAAUAUUUGAGGAAACAUCAAGAAUCACAAAUGUUUCCACAACAAUGCUUCAUAGUUUGCCCUGGGCUUUACCUUUCAUUUUCUCGACUUAGGCAACGUUGAUUUUCAAAAUUACUUCGCCAAUGAGCUCAUGAGGUCAUUUUUUAAGCCAUUUAAAACACUCUCAGUCUGUGUUUUAUCAGAUAUAAUACACUCGUGUUUAUAAUGCUCUCUCGUGUUUUGUAUCUGGUAAAGCAUUCCUGCUCGUGUUUGAAAUAGUACAUAAAAGGUGUCGUUAAUCGUUAAAUCGUGACAAAAGUUUGUCCUCGUUAAAUAAUGCAAUCAAAGAAAUGAAAUAAUUGUGAAGGGAAUUUCCCAGUGGCGUAACGCACAUUGGAUAGGGUUAGUUCAAAAACUAAGGGCCCUCAACAGUUCAACCUUGGGCAAACUAGGAAACAUUGUUGCGGAAACAUUGUGAUUCGCCAUGUUUCCCCAAGUGUUUCUGUGUUUUGCCCACCCGUGGAAACAUCGUUGCAGAAACACAAUUUGCUUGCCGAGAAGCAGAAAUGUUUCCUAUCAAAUUCAGAAACAUUUCAUGUUUCCCAAGUGCGAUUUUUGUUGCGGAAACAUUGUUUCCUAGUGUUUGCCCACCUUGGGAAACAUGGCGAAACAUCGGCAGGAAACAAUCUUUCCGCAACAGUUCGUCCUAGUUUGCCCAAGGCUUUAUAGGAGCCCCCAUCAGCCACGGCCUAUCUCCCAGAAAAUUAGAAAACAUAAAGAAUGCAGGUUAAAAAUCAAUUGGGAAAUACAAAAUUAAUAAUGCUAAAUAAUAAAACCGCCAUCGACAACGGUAGUUGAUUUUCUUAUUCCACCUCAAAUAAAACAAAAGUUAUUCUUGUUAGUUGUUACAUGUGUUGUGGACUGUUAUUGUUAUUAACACGGAAUUUUCCUGAACAUUCUUUAAAUAUUCAAUAUAAAUAGAAUAAUAUCUCAGUCGAACAAUGACAACAGUCUACAAGGGCCCCCACCCCAAAUAUGCCGGGCCCCCUCUUUCCCCGUUACGUCACUGAAGGCAUGACAUUUUAUUGUUAUUUUAUUUAGCAAUUGAUCCUUGUCAAACAAAUAAUGGAAACUGUCCGAAUAACACCCAAUGUAAUUAUACAGGGCCAGGAAAGGUAAGUCAAUACAGUAUAAAACGUGGUCAAUGUAUAGCGUUCUAGAGAGUUUAAGCUUCGCGUUAUACGUCGAACAGCAAACGCCGGGCAAAGAGAGUAAAUAAACUUGCUGUUUUAAAACUGAAGUACAUAUACAUAACUAUCCUUUCGACGCAAGAAAGAAAAUAUGAAACGAAAACGUUCAACGAAAAUUUUGCCAAGAAAGGUCGAACCUGCCCUUUGCUGUUCCCGGAAACGUGAAGCUUAAACUUCCUAUCAUUCCAGUGCGACUACAAAAGGAGAUCAUCUUCGGUGUUUGGUCACAGAGUAAUUACAUACAGAGGUCUCACUUUAUUACAUACAGAGGUCUCACUAAGAGAGGCCGUCACCCCCCUGAAAACAUAUUGAGAUUUAAUGUUCCAGGGGGGGUGAAUGCUUCUCUUUAGGCCACUUGCUAAGACCUCUGUAUGUACUUACUCUGUCGCCUUCAGCAAGAAUACACUUCCGGUGGAAGAUUGUCGCCGUGCAGGCGUGGAUGAAACUAACAACACAAUAUUAAAAAUGAAAUCAAACGUUUUUCCAAGCAGAUGAUAUAUUUCGCUUAGUUUGCUAAUAGGGAGCUUUUAAAACCAAAAAACUGUCGCUAAUAAUUGGAGACUAGUUUUGCUUUGUUUUUCUCGUGUCCCUGGCUUUGUUUACGAACAACAAUCCAUAGUUUUUACCCAUGAAGUGAAACUGUGAUAAUAGCGGCAGUUUUUCGGCACGUUCGCGUCGUAGAUUUGGUGUACAGUAUCUUAAGCUCCCUAAUACUACAAUACAAGUGCAACAAUGAUAUAUUAAUUAUGAAGUCUAUAUGUUAAUUAUGAAGUCUAUAUGUCCUAUGGGCUGUUUUCGAUUUGAACUGUUCAUGUAUCUCUAUAUACUGGUGACAAAAAAAAACACAACAAAACUGAAAUCAACUAUAGAAAUGAAAGGAUAACAUAAAUGAUCUAAAAAACGCCCAAAAUGUUUAUUAGAUUUUCAAAAACUCAAUAAUUCAUGAGGAAAACACAACGAAAAAUCAUAAGCGUAUCGUAUCUUUGUAUGUGAUAGAGAUUUCCCUUGAUUUACAUAAACUUUAACUUUGAUUUUCUCGACUUACACAACGCGGUAUUUUUUGAAAAUUACUUCGCCAAUGAACUUACUAGAUCGAUCGUUUUUUAAGCAAUUUAAAACAUUCGCAGUGCGUGUUUUAUCACACUUAAAGAUACUCGGCUUCGCCUCAUAUCUUUAUAUCUGAUAAAACACUGCUGCUCGUGUUUUAAAGUACUGUUUAAAACACGAGCAGGAGUAUAUUAUCAGAUAUAGAGAUACGAGACGAAGCCGAGUAUAUUUAGGUCUGAUAAAACACGCACUGUUUUAAAUUUCUUCAAAAACGAUCGAUCUAGUAAGUUCAUUAGCGAAGUAAUUUUCCAACAAGAAAAUAUUUCUUUAAAAAAGAAAUAAUGUUUCGUUCCAAUAUAAUUAUAGAAAUACCAGACGUCUGUAUAAUUAGCGGUUGUGACCAUAGAUCACUUGUAUAUGUCGAGCAAUGAAAUUGGUUCAUUUUGUGAGGCGGGCGGGUUCUAUAAAUUUUCAUUACCCGGAGGGGCCGAGCGGUCCAGAAAUACAGUUGUAGUAUUUAAAAUGAAGAAACUAUAUAAUAAAUAUAUACCGCUGUUGGCGCUUGAAUACUUCAAAUAUAAAUCAUCGUGCCUGUAGAUUUUGACCUGAAGUUCAGCUGUUCAGGCCCUAAGAUUUUGUGAUUGGUUGCAAGUUCACAUAAACAACAGUUUUAAAAAUAGCUCGGUGAAGGGCUCAAGGGGACAAUAAUAAUAUAAAGGUCAAAUGCACGUAACAAAUCCAUUAUCGAUUUCUUCGAAUUUCUUUUCUUUUAUAUGCUUUAUGGCAGAAAAUAAAUCAAACAAAUAGUAUUUUGAAGGUCUUUAUCAAAAUCUUUGACGAAUUUUGGACACACGACACUGAAAGAACAGCCAAACUAGUCAUCUAUUUGAAAGUUUGUUGUUGACAGCCAAGAUGUUCUGCCAACUGGCUUCGCCGGCAAAAGUCUUAUUUUUAAUAUCAGGUCCUACCGGCGUUGUUUUCUGAGCUACAUCGCCUUCUUCGUGGUACGAUUGAGAAUUUUAUUGUUGCUGUUGUUAGCCCGUUAAAGUAUAUCCUUGGUAUAUAUCCGCGUCCAGCAAGUUGAGACCUUGAGAAAGCUUGGCAGUCAAGCUGUACACAGAACUGACUAAUUGAAUCUUCGUUUGCUGUUCGGUUAAAUAGAGAAACCGACUCUUAAUUAUAUAAAAGUAUCUUGAAUUUUUAAGUUUAAUUAAAAAGCAAAAUGCACACUCUGCGGACAUGUUCAUGAGAAUAUAAUUUUUUUGUGUAACGAAAUCUACAGUAUAACACUUGUCAAUCAUAUUGCAUGCUGUGUCUAAAAAUAACAUGUGAGCGUCACUGUCUAGACAGGUUUUGUGUCAAACCCUAUUUAAAAUUAGGGCCUGAACUUCAGGUUAAGUUAGCAUGUUCUCAUAGGUUGAUAUAUAAUUAACUAAGAUUUCCAAAAUUAUACGCCACGCCUCCAAAAAACUUCUUAUGCUAGGAGCGGUCAUCUCAUUGGACGAUUCUAAAUGUAAUUGACGUUUGAGCAAGAAUACUGGCAAAGGAUUGGAUAACUUUAAUCUCUGACGUCACUUUCCUGUGAUAAUUGCUCGAAACCAAAUACAGUACCGUUUCGUUCCUGCGGGGAACGAAACAAAAACUAUCGACAGGAAUCGUUUGUAAACGAUCUUUCGCUCGUACCAUGGAGUGUACUUGAUGUUUUUGACAAUGUUAAUGAUAAACUUGGCUUAUUUAACAAAUUGUUUACGGAUAUUUUGGAUAUUCAUGCCCUUGUAAAGCGUAUCAAAUUAAAAUCGAAGCCUAAUCCAUUUGUAACGCAUGAAUUUCGUGCAUUAAUGAAGACGAGGGAUAAAUGGUACCGUAGAGCUGUUAAGUCUAAAGACAAGCGCGAUUGGAACGGUUAUCGGUUUUUUAGACAAGAGGUCAAAAAAGAAAUAAGAGUUGCAGAGAAGGAAUAUGAAAGAAAUGAGAUAAAUUCAAACUAUGGAAACUCGAGGUCUCUAUGGAAAACGAUCAAUGAUUGUUUACCUCGUAAAUCGCGAUUACCUGCGCAACACAAUUCUAGUCAGUUGGCGGAUAACUUCAAUAAAUAUUUCACAUCACUUGGUCGAUCUACUGCCAUAAAGGUUUGCGAGAUUGCCAAGGAGCAUAACCUAGAGAUAAUUUAUGAGCAACGUACUGAAAAUCCUCCUGAAAUUCAGUUUUCUUUUCAUGAAGUUUCUGAACAAGAAGUUGUGAAAGUCAUUAAAGAUCUACCUGCCAACAAGGCUUCUGGACCUGAUAAAUUGCCAGUCAGAGUGAUUAAAGAUUGCUUGCCG